AUGGAGGCGUUUCGCUUCAAACACAUUAAUAACAAGGAGUGGAACUUUCUGAAGAACAAAAACAUCACAGAAGGUUUGAUGAAAUGGUCGAUGCUGGGCAGGAUAUCAGUGCAGGCGUACUGUUACGACAAGCACCUCGGCGUCCACGAAGCGAAGGACUGGGUGAAGGAGUUCUUGGCGGAUACGGAAGUCUUGUCGACCCUGAAGGUCCUCAGCAGUUCGGGGAGCUGGUGUGUGUUGGGAGCGCCCGCCGAGGCGGUGUCGGUCGAGGAGGUGCCCUGCACCGAGACCUCGCUGGCCAUGUUCGACAAGCUGAUCGACAGCGGCGUCGUCAGGGAGGACGGCACCAUCAGGAAGUGUAUGGAGGUCUGGGUAGGCGAUGUGGUGCUGGCGGAUGAGCUCCGCAAGGUGCGUAUCUCCUGA